AUGGCAACAUGUUGCAUUCCGUAUGCUAUCUGCCCAUCCGUGCUUAAGCUGCCAUUAGCAACAUCUGUACCUUACGGAAAUCCAGCUGCGCCGACGACGGCUGACGGAAUUAAGGCACAGCAAGUUCUCUGCCUGCCUGCCACGUGCGAGAGGCUCCAGAGCAAGCUUUCCAGCUCCCGGCAGCUGAGAGGGGCUGGUUCAGAGCCGGUCUCCGCAGCCCAGGAAGUCCCUAAAAUCCCCACCAGCCCCUCCUUCCGCAGGGUGGGGGCGUACCGGGCUAGAACCCGCAGGGAGGGGCGGGGGGAGUCCUCUAUUAUCUUGGUCUCUCGGGAGGAGCCUCAUCUAGUCAGUCACGCAGAAGUUUCUCUUUCGCUCUUGGCGUUACACCCCAGAUCGGCUUCGUGCGCGCGGGCCAGCGGGGCGGAGAAGCCGGGAGACCCGAACCCCGGCAGGGCUGCCCGGCGCUCGCACCCACCCCUGCUCCCCUCCCCCCUCCCCCCACCCAAACAAAGCCCCGCUCCAGGUCCAGGAUACGUUACCUGCCCGGCGCUCCCGGCCCCUCGGUCACCGCAUCCCCUGCUGGCGCGCCUUGUGCGGGUCCCGCUCCCCGGGACGCACAAAGUGGCCGCCCCCGGCCGGCUAAAUCCCCCUCUCCCGUCAUGUUGGGGGGAGAGGGGGAGACGGGGGAAGUGGAAGCGGGGAGGCUGGGCCCAGGGAAACUUACUGGUAAAAUUAAAAAAAAAAAAAAAAAAAAAAAAGGUAGAAGCCGCUGGUUUCGGGGGGUGGAGGGGGGUGUCCCGGCCAGGGGCAAGAAGAGGCCGGUUACCUUUCGGAGGGUCGAGGGCGGGAGGGAGGGGGGGUCAGGGAGCGGCCGCCCGCCCCCCUCCCCCGACCCCCAGCGGCGGCGGCAGCUGCACACACAGAAGCCCAUUGUCACCGGCGCCCGGCGCGCAGCCCCGCGGACUCGGCCCCGCGGCCAAGCGCGUCAGCGGCCCCGUCAGCCGGGCCGGGCUCCGUGACGCGAGCGCAGCCAGCUCUAUAAAUAACCCGCCGCCGGGCGGCUCGGGCGGCUUUCCAGUGACGCCGGGGCAAGGCGCGGGAGGAGGAGGGCGAGAGGAAACAAUAAAGCCGCCCGCCCGCCUCCCCGGCCUCCCUCCGCCCUCCCCCCGCCGCCCCGGGCCCUUCCCGCCGCGCUCGGCUUUCCCCGCCCCGGCCCGCCCUGUUCUGAGCGCGGCUCGCGGGUGGGAAGGGCCGAGGGAGCCCAGCCCACGAGUGUAGUAAAGGGCUCGCUGUGUUACUUACUCCCGGCUCGAGUUCUGCCUCUGGAGGCUUUCUCGGCUCUCCCACACCCGCUCUAGGACAGGAACUGCCUGCCAGCUGGGUGUAACCAAUGGAAAGCAAGAGCAGGAGAAUGUCC